AUGCAAGUGGGUUUACAUCAGGAUGCGAUCUCCCCUCACAACCUCCUCGCGGAGCUUCAACGCAAAAUUUGUGCAUUACUCUUCCUCAUAGCAUAUCAGCGUGAUAUCCAUGCCCUCCGUAUCGGCCUUAUGACAACUUCAGUUGGACGCAUUGACAAGAAGUACCGUGCUUUUCCAGACACCACUGACAAGCGAGUCAUGAUAUUCCAACGUACGGGGGAUCUAGAGCGACUUUCUGCAAUGUGCUUGCGCCGGAUUCGAGCCCAUCUUAUUUCAAAUCUUAUACAUCGCCACUCCAUAACUCAACUUGUUGAAUCGAAUUCUAGUAAUUUUGACGGUUCAGGAUUUUCGUCGAGAACUAUCUCAAUUCCACAUUACGUGAAUGGCCCUUUCGGACCAUCUCAAAAUGGCUGCCAAGUGUCAGCAAACCUGUUGGCGACAAGUUUGGGUGGUUCGAUGGCUAUGCCAGCGCCAUCAUACCAGCUGGCUAUCCAGGCUAGAAAGCUACCAUUGCCCCGUAAUUUUGUCAUCCAACUUACCUCUAACCUGUUAUACGAGCCUGAGCCUGCUGUAAACAAGCUUGUAGAGUAA